UUGAAAUUUGAAACAUGUUUGUAAAUAAUAAUAAAGAGAAAUGUGAUAUUAAUUUGAUUUAUAUAGUGUAUUCAAAGUUCUAAUGUUAAAGUUUAGUUGGGCUACUAUAUCUGAAUUUUUAGAUUUUUACAGAUAAGUCCAGAUGACGCGUUUUGCAUUGUGAUAUUUCAAGUACUCCAUGGCUUUUAAUGACAGAUCAUUGUCAUUUGGCAACAUCACUUGUCAAAUCUAAUCUCUUUAUUGAUCUGUUUGGAAUAAAUACAUCAUUGUGAUGCCUUUUGGACAACAUGAGGAUGAUGGAGUCAUAUUUUCUGAAAGUUUUAACCUUUAGUUUAUGUACUAUUGGAGGGUAUAUUUUGUGGACAAUGGGUAUUAACAGUAUGUAUCGCAUCAGGAUAAAAAGUUAUGAUGUUACAGAUAAAGGAACUGGUCACAAUAUAUGUUUUAUUAAGACACAUAAGUGUGCAAGUUCGACAAUCACAAAUAUCAUGCAACGAUAUGGCUUAAAAAAUAAUCUCACUUUUGCAUUACCUCUUAAGAAUAAUGUGUACUUUGGAUUUUUGAGGGAUUUCAGAGAAGAUUCUGUGGCUCCGCUGCCACCUGGGAAACAGGCCAAUAUGUUAGUUAAUCACGCAAUCUUUAAUGAGCCUGGUAUGAAACACAUCCUCGGUCAGGACGUGAAAUUCAUUGGAGUCCUUCGUUACCCGCUUAAGCAUCUUAAAUCUGUAUAUAACUACUUUAGAUUGGAGCAGAAAUAUCUCAUGCCAAGUAUUGAUACGUUCCUCUCAGAUCCGAAAAAGUAUGACGUCGAAACAGAACGCUGCUCUUACACUCAUAACUUCCAGGCAUUCCAUUAUGGCUUUAACAUGUUAAAAUCAGACUCCAAAAACUACAUAAAGCAUAGGACUUUAUAUUUAGACAGGAUAUUUACCUUGAUGAUCAUCGUAGAGCAUUUCGAUGAAUCUAUGAUCCUGCUAAAACGAGCGUUGAAUUGGAAAUUAUGGGAUGUAGUGUACAUGUCGAAGAAGGUGAGAGAGUACAAUGAAAAGAAUAGAGAAAUCACUGAAGAGAAAGAGGCAGUCUUCAAAAAAUGGAAUAAUAUAGACUAUUUCUUGUAUGAUCACUUUAAUAAGACUUUGUGGCACAGAGUAAAACUGCAGGGUACAGGCUUUAAGAAAGAACUCGAUAUAUUCAAAUCGAUUCUGCAGGAAGUGACAUCUUUUUGUAGUUCGGAUAUUAUUAGUGGAGAAUUAAAACUUGUUGAUACUUAUAAUAAUCAAACUCAAACAUGGACAGCUGAAGAUUGCGUUUCACUCAAACGUGACCCUAAAGAUUUUACUCAAACGAUCCGUAAGAAACAAUAUGGCGGUUUGUUCAAGCAUAGAUUUCCUAGUAAAUACCCGGCAAAGAAAACGGCAUCUCACAUGGGGCGAAAAAUAAUUGGUGAUUGGGCUGUGUCAGGAUUCUGAAAUAACAUUCCUUUCGAUUGCAAUAAUGGAUACUUGAUAUUGUAAUAUGAAAUAAUAAUGAUAUUCAAGCUUAGUCACUAAUGAGAAAUAAAGUCUAAAAAUAAUAUCAUGUUAACAUUGACUGUUGUUAUAUACAGUACAUAAAGUUGAUUCAAAAGAUCUAACGCAGCUUACAGUGAGAUCAGAUCCACCAGCAUUAGACAAAAAAAGAAUUGUAUAAGUCAUUUGCACCUGUGUUAUUCUUUAUUAGAUGUAUAAUGCUUCCGUUUGACAGUAAAAUAUUACAUCCUACUGGUAGAGGUGAUCAAUAUUAAAGCUUUCUAUUUCUUGAAUGUUAAGGAAUCUAUUCAAG